AUGAGAGGCCCCAGGUUGUCUGCCGCUAGGUCACGGCGUGCAGGCAGAAGAUCUCGAAUUAGUGGCCCGUCAAGUGUUGUUUCCCACGCUUCACUUGACGAAUAUUUACGCUCUCUGCCACCAGGAGACUGCCUUGGCGACGACCAUCGCUGUCGCUCUUCACUAGCUACUCGCGUCACCUUCCAGAACGUUAACGGUGUUCCGGAGGAAGGGGACCAUGUGAAACAGCGGGAGAUCAACUCCUGGCUGCAAGACGAGCAAGUGGGAAUAGCGUUGUUGGCGGAGGCCAAAACGUUUUGGCCCUCUAUCCCAGAGGGUCAUGGGUGGAACGACAGGAUGCGUCAAGCUACGAUGAAGGCAAAGCGCAAAGGUUUUUAUUCGGCUGUCGCUUAUAAUAAACAGCAGUCACGAUCUUCAGCAACUACAGCCUUUCAAUGGGGAGGAUGCAUCGCAACAGUACUUAGUCAGGUCUCGCACCGAGCUAAAGAAUCAGGGAGCGAUUCGACGGGGCUGGGACGGUGGGCUUUUGUUCGUCUUCAAGGAAAAAAGCUGAAGGCGCAGGGGGGUGAUGAUCACUCCGGCUUGGUGCUAGACGUAAAUGAGGCGGUCCGACGGCCGAUUUCACGUGAUCUAGUGAUUGUCUCGGCAUAUAGGCCAAACAGAGAAGGUACGGGGGAAUCAACCGUGUGGGCCCAACAACGUCUAUACUUUAACUCUAUAAAACGUAAGAUUGAUCCGCGCAAAGCAUUGGUCGAUGACCUGUGCAAGCAAAUUCAAAAAUGGAGGGACGAGGGUUGUGAAGUUUUGCUGGGGAUCGAUGCUAAUGAAGACCUUUUGGUCAACUCCCCGGACUCCAUACGACAGCGGUUUCGUGAGUGCGGAACGGAGGAAGCAAUUUUGAAACGGCAUCCCCCCACGGCGACCCACCAACGAAAUCAAAGCAACGUUCCCAUUGACGGAAUCUUUACCACUUCAGGUGUUCCGGUUCUGGCUGGUGGCUACUACGCAUUUGGUGAAUCCCACGCUUCACUUGACGAAUAUUUACGUUCUCUUCCACCAGGAAACUGCCUUGGCGACGACCAUCGCUGUCGCUCUUCACUAGCUACUCGUGUCACCUUCCAGAACGUUAACGGUGUCCCGGAGGAAGGUGACCAUGUGAAACAGCGGCAGAUCAACUCCUGGCUGCAAGAUGAGCGAGUGGGAAUAGCGUUGUUGGCGGAGGCCAAAACGUUUUGGAACAAUAGGAUGGGUCAAGCUACGAUGAAGGCAAAGCACAAAGGUUUUUAUUCGGCUGUCGCGUAUAAUAAACAGCAGUCACGAUCUUUGGCAACUACAGCCUUUCAAUGGGGAGGAUGCAUUGCGACAGUGCUUAGUCAGGUCUUGCACCGAGCCAAAGAAGCAGGGAGCGAUUCGACGGGGCUGGGACGGUGGGCUUAUGUUCGUCUUCAAGGAAAAAAGUUGAAGGCGCAGGGGGGUGAUGAUCUCUCCGGCUUGGUGCUAGACGUAAAUGAGGCGGUCCGACGGCCGAUUUCACGUGAUCUAGUGGUUGUCUUGGCAUAUAGGCCAAACAGAGAAGGAGUCUCUACCUUCCAACCUUGCAAACUAACCCUUUUGGAUAAGCGGUUGGUUAGACGCUAUCUUCAACUGGUCCACUUGGGUUACGAGGAGUAUGACAUCCCUUCCCGUCUUACCAAGCUAAAUCAGCGCAUUGAAUCCAAAGAGCGACAGAUGUCACUCCCGCUGGCACGCAAAUAUAACUGCCUUCACCGGCAGAUGUAUAUGGUACGGCGGCUUGCUGAAGGCAAUUGUCGCACUACCUCAUCUGGCAAGGUUCCUUGGUCUCCAAAAUUGCAGGGCUUCUGGGAUCGAUUGAGUCUCUGGAAGCUACUCCUUAAAGGCCGCAAGCGAUGCCGUGUGAGCUCACGAAAGGUCCGGCGCCUGAUGAAGAAGACAAGGCUGCGCGACGCGUGGAAGAAGACAACUGAUGAAUUGGACGAAGCCUUGUCAGCUGAACGCCGGGCUUAUAAGCAAGCCAAACAUCAGGCAACCCAAUUGAGACGGGACUUUUUUACAGCUCAGACAAAGGAUGCAAAGAAGAAGAAAUGGAAGUCCCAGAAGGCCCACAAUAGAUUCCUUCGGUUACGACGAUUGAAGCAAUGA